AUGGCAGCACCAUUAAAUCCGUCUAGUAACAUCAGUAAAAUUUCAAAGCCAUUUACCAGAUCAUUAGUUCGUGUGAUUGAAAAAGAGUUUCUUCUAACUCCAAAGGCUAAUAAGAAACUAAGUCCCAAAGACAAUAAGUUGUCUAUAGGUAGACGUUUAGUUCAAGCGGUACGUGAUGCUAACGGAAAUAAUGAAAGAAACGAAAACACAUCGGCAAAAUAGGUAGCACUACUUAAUAUGACUUGAAUUAAUGAUGGUCUGAGCCCCUACAGUGGGGACGUAAAAGGGCUGAUGAUGAAGUACCUAUUUCUCACGAAAAUUUAAUAUUAGGCAGAUUAUACUUUUUUGUUCACCGAACAUUAACGACUAUCAGAAAUGUAUUCCCGAGAACAAGAAGUUUUACCAAUACAACUAGAGUUCGCACACGAUACAAACUCCGAAAGCUCAAGGGAACAAAACAUUUAUUUAGAAAAAACAAUAAACGAUUCUCAGGAACCAAUUACGUUUACAAAUACUCAUGAUCAUGAAUGGCCGCUGUCUUCAGCUAUUCUCGAAAACGAAUCUGAGAAAUUGGAAUUACGUAUGGAACGACGAUUGCCUAUCACGAGGAGUAGAGCGGUUAGUCCCACGCGCAAGGAAGAUGAAGAAGCAACUAACCCGUUACGAUCGAUCGAAAUCGAGGCGUCAGCGGCAGCGUCACCAUACUCACAAGAUGGCGGCGAUUUUCUCUCGCCCAUACGGGGCGACGCCAACACCACAUUUUCGGGAGAAAUGUGGCGUCAAUCAUCGCCAUGCUGCAGCGCUCACAAAAGGAGUCUUUUAAAGAAUUACUCGAAUCCGUGACUCGGAUGAAUUCGACAACCAUCUCCGAAGGCUCUACGCUGGCACGCUGUAAGGCGACAUUUUCGGGCAAACCGGAGGAAUCCGUGGAAAAUUUUAUCGACGCCGUUGAUGCGUUCGCACAGUGUGCCCAAGUGUCUGACACUAACAUCCUCCGAGGACUGGCGUUCCUUUUUAAAAACCAAGCUGGAACAUAGUGGCAAGGAAUUAAAGAUACCGUGACUACUUAGAGUCAGGCCAAACAAAAUCUUAUAAGCGCUUUUGGCGACCGCCGGCCACCCCACCGCAUAUACUUAGAAAUCUUCGCUGUACCUCAGAAACAUGUUCGUCACGCCAGUACGCGCCCUCCUGGCUAGACUGCCUAAAAAUGAUUUAUCACUCUCAGCACAGUUAGAUAUAACUUACGGCCUACUCAACGCCCGAAUCAGGAAGAGGCUGAGACGAGAAGAAUUGUUUAAUUUUUCAGAUUUAUUACGACUGGCACGUGCAAUCGAAGACGCUUUCGACGAGAAACUAUUAUCCAACCCAAAUUCGAAAUCAGUUUCUUAUACGCAAGCCGCGCAGCCCACUUCGACGCCUGUUGACGGCGGGAAAGCGAGACCGCGCGCUCCGGAGACCCCGGGUUCGCCGGCAAGCGCGGGCAGCGGCGCGCCCGCUCCUGUUAUACGACGUUCUCCCGCGCCGCCUUCGUGCUCGACGCCGCCGACGCCGGCUGUCUCUACGACGAAGAAAACCCAUCCGUCUUGUGUCUACUACAAACGGUUUGGACAUACGAGAGACCAGUGUCGUAAGUUACAGGACCAACUCGGUGAGCCAAAACCUUUUAGUAACUCUGCAGAAGUGCGCAAUAACAAUAGUGCCAGUGAUAAAUUACGCGAGCAAAAUCAGUCAUUUUACGCUCUUGACUCUCGUAAUAACGUACGUAACCCAAGUUUAGUGACGUCACCUUUUUCAACGAAAUACUCUAAGAACUCUAAUGUAGUGAAUACCUAUAGUAGGCACGAGCCUGAUAUCAUGUUACCAUUCGCAAAUAACGUAGGUAACAAUAAUAAUAGCUCAGUCUGA